AUGUCCUCCAGACCAAAUGGAAGUCCACCACCGUAUGAGUCAGAAACUGCAGAUGGGCCUCCACAGACAGCCUACUCAUACUACCCAGAUGACGAGUUCCAGCAUUUCUACCGCUGGACCUCUCCCCCAGGCAUAAUCAAAAUCAUGUCCAUCAUCUGUAUUGUCCUGUGCGUGGCCACUUUUGCCUGUGUUGCCUCCACACUUGCUUAUGACAGCCAGGGGGCCCUCGGCGGCUUCGGAUAUGGUGGUGGCGGUGGCUACGGCGGGGGAAGCUACGGCGGGGGAGGCUAUGGUGGAGGAGGCUAUGGUGGAGGAGGCUUUGGUGGAGGCGGCUUUGGUGGAGGCUAUGGCGCUGGGAGCAACUACGGCUACGGGAGCAUCGGAGGAAACUACAACGAUCCCAGGACUGGCAAAGGGUUUAUCAUCGCCAUGGCAGCGUUUGUCUUCAUCUACUGCCUGAUCAUCUUCAUCAUCAUUGUGUCCCACCAGAGUCUGUCCCAGAGCAGGCGCUUCUACCUCGCUGUGAUCAUCAUCAGUGCCUUCUUUGCCCUGUUGAUGCUUGUGGCCAGUAUAGUUUAUCUUGUAGCAGUAAACCCUAUGUCCCAGUCGUAUAGUUCGGCGUAUGGCAGCCAAAUUGCAGGUCUAUGUGCUCAGUAUCAACAACCGCAGCUCUCUGGAGUGUUUGUAAACCAGUAUCUCUACCACUAUUGUGUUGUGGAGCCACAGGAGGCCAUAGCCAUUGUUUUUGGCUUCCUCAUGGCAAUAGCUUUGAUCAUCAUCCUUGUUUUUGCCCUGAAAACACGACAAAAGAUCUACCACUAUGGGAAGAGCAACAUUUUGUGGAAAAAGGUGAAGGUUGUGGAUGAGAUGGCGCCUCCUCAGGAUGUGGAAGCAUGGGUCAACAAUGUGUCAGCUGUUCCAAAUGAAAUUCCUAUUUCUGACUAUCCCGACAAGCUACGUAGCUCCAGGAGUCACCUUGAUGAUGACAGCUCAGACUAUGACAAGCCUCCAUACAACUACACCCCUCAACCUGCAGUGGAAGAAGCACUUCCUCUAAACGCCGCCGUUCCCUACAGUCACUCUGAGGCCGACAGCUCCGUGGUUCCCUCCAGUAAGAGGAGAGCAGGACAUCCACGCCGCAUGGACGGAUACGACACGGACUACGGCUCCUCAGGAGACGAGCUCGACGACGACGAUUUCAGCACUGAAUUUCCACCAAUUCGAGAUGAUCAAGAACGGACCAAUUACAAGCGUGAGUUUGACCGAGACCAUUUGGAGUACAAGGAUCUACAGGCAGAACUGGACACUGUUAACAAGAACCUGUCUGAUGUGGACCGCGAGCUGGACCAUCUGGAGGAGGGCAGUGCACAGUACCUGGAUGCUUUGGAUGAGUACAAAAGGAUAAAGACUUUGAAAAAGUCAGCCGAUUAUCAGUUGAAGAGGCGCAGGUGCAAAUACCUGAAGGCCAAACUGAGCCAUGUCAAGCAGAUGGUGAGCAACUACGACCGCAGUGGCUGA